AUGGCACCAAAGAUAUUUUCAGAGAGCGCCAGCACUCUGAAAGUCCUCACAGAACUGGAUUUGGACGGCCAUGAAGAGAAACAACAUCAUAAACCACUUGUGACACCUCUUAAACGAUCUGAGCUCUGGGCAUGGUACAUUCAAAACGGAACAUACUGUGGUUACGGAUGGGUUGCCAGCUCGUUGUUAGCCCCGCUUUUAAUCCAAGACAUGGCCUCCAGGGCCGGCGUGAUGGCCUCAGACCACACCAUCUCCUGCAACGUUACCAUCCCAGGCUUCAAAUGCGUGACUUUAGUGCUGGGACGCUACCUAGAACCAGGCACCAUCUCGCUCUACAUCUCGUCUCUAUCCUCCAUCCUCAGCUUCUUUGCCUCACUUUCCAUCUCGGCGGUCGCUGACCAUGGAUCUUACAGAAAAUCUCUACUGAUCGCAUUCUCUGCUCUCGGCUGCAUCAACGCUCUCGCCUACUUCAUCAUUCAAAGCCCCUCCCUCUUCUGGGUCGGCGCAAUCCUCUCUCCCCUCGGCGGAGCCUUCUUCAACAUCACCAGCGUCUUCUCUCACUCUUACCUCCCACUUUACGGACGCGCCCACCCCGACGUUCUCGCAGCUGAGUCCCGGGGUGAGUCCGUCCAGGUAAUCCGGAAGAUUGAGGAACAAAAGAUCAAUGAUAUCUCGGCCUACUCGGCCGCGGUCGGGAAUAUCGGCGCAGCGUUGAUUUACGUUGCAUGUAUUGGUAUAUCCUUGAGCAUGAACGAGAGCCCGUUAAGUCUCGAGAUCGCGAUCGCAUUUACGGGCGUGUGGUGGCUGAUGUGGACCCUGAUCGUAUCUCCUUACCUGGAUGCGCGGCCAAAUGAGCCCUUACCCAAGGGAACCAAUUGGGUUGUUCAUUCCUGGAAAAAGACAUAUGACACCUUAUGCUCAGCCCGCAAACUCCCCGAGAUCUUUAAGUUCAUGGUCUCCUGGUUCAUUCUCUCGGACGGUGUUAACACCAUCCCCACAAUUCUCUUCAUCAUCCUCUACCGUGAACUCGGCUUCACCCACGUUCAAUCCCUCAUCAUCUCCGUCCUCCUUACCGUCAUGGCCUUUGUAGGCGUCUAUGCAUUCAUGUUCUUCCGCAAGCUCUGGUCCCUGAGCACACGAUGCAUGAUCCUUCUCUGUCUGGCCCUCUACACGCUCUUGAUAGCUUACCUCACCAUAGUCCCGUUUUUUACAGACAAAUUUGGGUUGAAAACUGUGGGUGAAGGAUGGGCCUGCACACUCUAUAUUGGAUUAAUUAUCAGCACCUUCUAUUCUUCUACACGCGUGUUGCUGUCGGAGAUGUGUCCCGAGGGGGAUGAGAAUGAGUGGUUUUCGCUCUACCUCCUGGCAGACAAGGGAUCUUCAUGGCUGGGUCCACUCGUUACAGGAGCAAUCUUCACUGCUACAGGCGACUAUCGCAAAGCAUUCUGGUUCCCUCUUGGUUUAAUCGCCCUUGGCGUCGCGAUCCUUCUCACGGUCGACGUCGAUCUAGGAAAAGAUCAAGCCCAGCAGUUUGCUAGGGAUAAGCGCGAAAAGUUGCAACGGUCUCGACAACAGCCUUCUUUUUAA